AUGACCAGGAAAGCCAAGAAACGCGUUCUCUGCGGCUAUGGAGUUGAUAUUGAUGCCGUGGCAGGAUGGCUGGGCUCAUAUGGUGGAGAAGACUCGACCUCAGACAUCAGUAGAGGCCUAUUCGCUGGCACAAUCGGUGUUCGUCGUCUUCUCAAGCUCUUUGAGAAGAACAACAUGAAGGCGACUUGGUUUAUACCAGGUCAUUCCCUCGAGACAUUUCCUGAAGAAUGCGCCAUGGUCCGGGACGCAGGGCAUGAGAUUGGUCUGCACGGAUACUCUCAUGAAAAUCCCGUUGAUAUGACGCUUGAGCAGCAACGAGAUGUUCUUGAUAAAACGUACAGGCUGUUAACAGAUUUCUGUGGAAAACCUCCAAGGGGAAGUGUUGCUCCAUGGUGGGAGACAAGCAAAGAAGGAGCGGAACUUUUACUAAGUUACGGAAUUGAAUAUGAUCAUAGUAUGAGCCAUCAUGAUUGUCAGAUGUAUUGGUUAAGGCUCGGAGAUACUUGGACAAAAAUCGAUUAUAGUAAGAAGGCAGAAGAGUGGAUGAAGCCACUUGUCAAGGGUGUACCAUCUGGUAUGGUGGAAAUUCCAGCUUCAUGGUACAUUGAUGACUUACCUCCCAUGAUGUUUAUCAAAAAGUCACCCAAUAGUCACGGAUGGGUGGACCCGAAAGUCGUAGAACAGAUGUGGCUAGAUCAUUUCGACUACUUUUACGAGAAUUACGACGAAUUCGUAUUCCCUAUGACUAUUCAUCCCGAUGUUUCAGGGCGACCACAUGCUUUGAAGAUGCAACAAAGGAUCAUUGAUCAUAUUAACAGACAUGAUGGAGUUGAAUGGGUUACAUUUGAGCAAAUGUCUGAUGACUUCAAAAGCAAAAACAAACCCGAGGCAGGUGCAAGAAUGCCAGCAGCGCCAGGAGAAAAUUUGAAGAGAUAG